AUGGAACGUAUCUCAAAGUUCAACCUGGUCCAUCGCUUUGAGAAGCGAGCACUUUUGAUCGCCAUCAACUGCGUUGCUGCACUCUCUAUUUUCUUCUUUGGCUAUGAUCAAGGUGUGAUGGGAGGAGUAAACACCGCCCGAAGCUACGUCGAUAUCAUGAGCUUUGGCCACUGGAACGAUGUUACCAAGUCUGUGAUCAUCGACAAACCUACCCUUCAGGGAGGCAUUGUCGCUGUCUAUUACUUGCCAGGUACCCUUCUUGGCGCCUUCCUCGGUGGCUACAUCGGUGAUAAAUUUGGGCGCAUUAAUACUAUUGCUGUGGCGGCCGCUUGGGCGAUUGUCGGUGCUUGCCUUCAAUGCUCUGCUCAAGACUAUACCUGGAUGAUAUGUGCUCGCAUAUUCAAUGGUAUUGGGACUGGCAUAUUGAACGCAAUUACCCCAGUCUGGGCGACCGAGACUGCCGAGCACACCUCCCGAGGUCAAUUCGUCGCUAUCGAAUUCACACUAAACAUAUUUGGGGUGGUUGUUGCCUACUGGAUUGAAUAUGGUACCUCCUUCUAUGGCGACGGAACAUCUGAUUUCAUCUGGCGCUUUCCCAUCGCGUUUCAGAUCGCACCACUCCUGUUCCUCCUUGGAAUCGUCUUUCUCAUGCCUGAAUCCCCUCGUUGGUUAGUCAAAGUGGGUCGUGAAGAAGAAGCCCGCUAUAUUCUUGGUCGACUGCGCGGAGAAAGCGGCGACGAGGCCGAAAAGAGCGAAGCAGAGUUCCAAGACAUUCGCAACAUCUGUGAACUUGAGCGAAAGACUGCCAAGCAACAAAACUACUUCCACAUGUUCUUUGGGAUUGGAUCUGGGAAACUCCAUACUGGUCGCCGGGUCCAGCUCGUGGUCUGGCUACAAAUCAUGCAAGAGUGGAUCGGAAUCGCCGGCAUUACUGUCUACGGCCCCAGGAUAUUUGCAAUCGCUGGUAUAGCACCUCAGGACCAGCUGUGGGUUACUGGUCUCAAUGAUAUUACCUACAUGCUCUCCACUCUCGUCUGCGUAUUCACGCUUGAUCGAAUUGGCCGCCGUUGGACCCUCUACUGGGGCUCCGUCGGCAUGGGGAUCUGCACUUUCCUGGUCGGCGGCCUUUCUCGCAUCGGACAAAACGCAGCUAUUGGGUCCUCCACCAAAACUGGUUCUGGAGUCGCAGCUACCUUCUUUGUCUUUCUCUUCACCGCCAUUUUCGGCGCGACUUGGUUGACGGUACCGUGGCUCUACCCGGCCGAGAUCUUCCCUCUGGAGAUCCGCGCGAAGGGUAAUGCAUGGGGUGUAGUAGGGUGGAGUAUUGGUAACGGCUGGCUGGGACUACUUUGUCCGGUCAUGUUUGCCGCUAUCAACGAGAAGACCCUUUACAUCUUCGGCAUCUGCAACGCCAUCACUAUCCCCAUGGUCUGGGCCCUGUACCCAGAGACAAACCAAAGGACUCUGGAAGAAAUGAACCUCGUCUUUGCCUCUGACUCCAUCUGGAACUGGGAAGCAGAGAAAAACUUCGCGAUCUUGAAAGAACAGAACCCGCAGCUGGUGCAGGCGGCGAGGGAUAGAAGCGUGGUGGAUGCGGAGAACCCUAAGAGGGGCGGCAGUCUGGCGUUGGCAGGUUCAAGCGGUGCGGAGCGUAGGCAUGGGACUAUUGAUACUAUUGAAUUGAAUGAGUUGUGA